AUGUGUUUGGACGCCAUCAUCGCCAUCAUCGAGGACCCGUACAAGCAGAGCCAGAAGGAGAGCGCGAUGAUCGGCGCGUUGGCGGUGUUGGGCAUCCGCGAGGACGGCGGGUGGCACCAGGCGACGGAGUACACGACGAAUUAUUCGGCCGUGAUCAAGGUGGCCAAGAUGUUCGUCGUGUACCAGGCGUGGUUGGAGCGGCAGGACGAGGUGGCGGCGUUGACGGCGACCAAAGGGGCCGAGGCAGCAUACGAAGAGGCCAGCAGCGUGUUCCAUUUGGUGCGCGACAAGGUGCGGCGGUUCAUGACGCGGAUGCCCGGGCGGCCGGACGACGAGCCCAGGGCGAUGAAUUGGAUUUACGACGCGCGCACGUACGGGAUGCACAUCCGGUUCAACACGGUAGCGCCGGGCAUGGUGGAUUGGAGCGGCGACCGGAUAUCGUUCCGACGGGUGCAGGUGCGUGUGUGCGAGUUGGCCGAGAUGUUCCACGGGGUAGCGCAGGAGGCGCGGUCGUUGUUGGCGCAGUUGGCGAUGGUGGAUGGGGAUGGGGAUAGGGAUAAUGAUCCCAAGUGGAACGGGCACGGCGAUGGGUACGGAGGCCGAUCAGCGUUAGCAGCAGCGUUGCCCGCCAUCAGGUGGGACAGCAUGCACGACGACCACAGCCAGGACCGGCCGGGGUAUUCGUUUUUGCACGACGACCGCAACGAGGCGUGGGUGGGCAAGGGGAAGGGGUGGAUCGCACGGCGCAUCGCAGAGUCGGAGGCACGGCGGCGGGCGUGGUUGGACCCGACGCGAGGGACGGCGGCAGCAGCAGCAGCAGCAGCAGCAACAGCAGGAGAGGCGGAGGAGGCCACAUCCAACCGCAGCAAUAGUCACCACCCAUACCGCGAGAGGACGGUGCAAGCAUACAGACAGGCGUUGGAAUCGUUCCGGGAGCGGUUGUGGAUGUUGAUGCACAUGGUGGCAGGGCAGCCGGCGCGGGCGCCCGAGUUAGCAGGCAUCAGACACAGCAACACGGCCAACGGCGGGGUCAGGAACGUGUUCGCACACGACGGCAUGAUAUGUUUCAUCACGUCGUACCACAAGAAUUACCGCCAGACGGGGACGGCCAAGGUGAUACACCGGUAUUUGCCGCGCGAGGUCGGCGAGUUGUUGGUGUGGUAUUUAUGGUUGGUGUUGCCGUUUUGGCAGCAGGUAGGAGGCAUCAUCCAUCAGACGGACCGGAAGAGCGCAUUUUUAUGGGCGGACGACGUGGUUGUAAGGGGCAGGGCGGCGGGCGAGGCGAGCCGUGAUAACACCAGGGGCGACGAGCGCCGCAAUAACACCAAGGACAACGACGCCCGUGACAACACCAUCACAGACGAGAGCGCCAACGCCACCCCCAGCCGGGCGCCGUGGACGGACGAACAGUUAUGGACGUCAGACAAGGCAAGACGGAUCAUGCAGCAGCACAGCGAGCGGUUGGUCGGUAACAAGAUCAACAUCAGCGGGUGGCGGCACAUAGCCGUCGCCAUCGCCAACCGGUAUUUGAACGAGGCGUUCGGGCGGGCAGACGACAAAAACAACGACAAUAACGACAACGACGACGACGACGUGGGGGUCGAGGACAGCGCAUUGGAUUUGCAGGCAGGGCACGGCACGCACGUGGCGGGGAUGAUAUACGGGCGGUUGUACCAGGAGGCACCGUUCGGCACGGCGGCGUUGCGGGACAGGUUCCGGGCCGUCAGCCGGCAGUGGCACCGGUUGUUGGGGUUCGGGGCGGAGGACCGGGGCGGCGGGGCACCGACCAAGCGGCGGCGGACGGCGACGACGGCGGCGGAGGAGGAGUUCGAGGGGCAGCGGCGGCGGCGGUUCACGCGGUUGCAGUUGGCCAACGCCGGCGGGCAGUUGCGGCAGAUGAUGGGGGACCCGCAGGCGGCGUUCCGCGGCCAGCAGGAGCGGGUCAUGCGGUCGAUCAUGCGCGGGGACGACCCGAUCGUGCAGGUGACGGGCACGGGCGGCGGCAAGAGUUUGUCGUUCAUGUUGCCGGCGUAUUGCGCGCCGGACGGGGUGACGAUCGUCGUGACGCCGUUGGUGGCGUUGCGUACCGACAUGGACGCGCGGU